CUUCUCACCAGGAAGAGUCUGCAAGAGGAAAACACAAAGACAAGAUCAAGAGAAGAAGGGAAGAUACUCUGGAGAAAACAUACUCCAACUGGACAAUAGCUUUUGCGCAUUCCCUCUUACGGAUAAUACAACAACAAAUACUGCGAACAUGCCUGUCUCCAGAAUGAGGAUGAGGCCGUGGCUGGAGAACAUGAUCGAGUCCAACACCGUCUCAGGGCUGAACUGGGUUGACAAGGACCAGAAGAUGUUCUGCAUUCCCUGGAAGCACGCGGCUCGGCACGGCUGGGAGAUGGACAAGGACGCCUCUCUGUUCAAAAUGUGGGCCAUCCACACCGGGAAGUACACUCAUGGCCAGAACACCGACCCAAAGACGUGGAAAGCCAACUUCCGCUGUGCGAUGAACUCCCUGCCUGACAUUGAGGAGGUGAAAGACAAGAGCAUCCACAAGGGCCAACAAGCCGUGCGCGUCUUCAGAAUGCUGCCUGUCACCCCAAAGUCUGGAGAUAAACACAGAAAACCAAAGGACAGAAAGCAGAAGAGAAAGGUGGUCAAGACAGAGGACGACACAGACUACAGCGAUACUCUGUCACCCAUGAAUGUGUCAAUGAUGGAGGAGUCCACCCAGGAGAACACGGUCGACAGUACAGUGAAGACAGAGCAGCAAGUUUGUGGAUCGGACCAUUUGGUCCCCGACUGGGCUCUCUCACUCGAGGUCGAGACAGAUAACUAUACAAGCAACUUUUGCCAGAGAUUUCAAGUUUCACCCGACCACAGCCCCGAUUACGGCUAUACCGACGACAUUAUUGAGAUUUGCAAGCAACUGGAGAGAGACUCAAACUUUCCGAGCAGUAUAGACGUCAUGGGGUUCCUGAACAAUGAAGCGUGCACCAGUCCAGGGAGCCAGUGGAGUGACUCUUCCUCAGCCGACGAUUUAGACGAUAUGCCACAAUACAUCACUUUGUCGUCGGAACCUACCAUGGACGACCCCUGGAACGUGCUUUGCCAUCCGAUGACCUCCAUGCUCUGAUUGUCCCAGGACAGGACAGGACAGGGCAAUUCUUUGACACUGAACUUUAAAGGCUCCUCCUGACCACCACCCUCCCUCAUCCUCUCAGUCGACUCUCCCGUCUUCCCCCAUCCAGACUGUGACAGGCGGCGUCCACCCUUUAAGCUAAAGCACGGACCCCUCCCUCCCUCCCUCCUCCAACCCAACCGUGCGCGCCGCGUGUCCGACGAUCAACGCCAGCUCCGAGAGCCUCCCUCAUCUCCCUCAACCUUUAUGUGAAGUUAUGAAGAGAGGAUGUGACGUGCACUGCUGUUAAAGGACUUGCUGCUCAUUAUCUAUGUUUUUGGCUGGUUCAACACAUUUGUGAUGCUCAGUAAUAAUAGUAAUAGCCUGGACAACUUACUCAGCUAUUAAUACAUGCUCACCAAUACUUAACCUUGGAAAAAAAGGCUUUAACAUGCAGUUCACUUAACAUGAAACAGGAUAUAAAGGUAUGGUGUAAAAUACAUUUUUAAAGUUUCUUUCCGUUAGUGAGUGAAUAUUAGUGAAAAGGAUGAUAAGGUGUCUUGUCAAUCUGUCUUCUCAAUCAAUCCUCUCUGCCUCUGGUAAAAUCCCUUCUUCAUAAUCUUGCAGCUGUUUUGUUUAAAGCAGUCGUAAAUGGUUUCUGUAAAUACUUGUUUUUGUGUGUGUUUGAGAGUUUUUAUACAAUAAAUAAAAAAUCUUGUAAAUAUUGGAAUGAA